AUGUCUGCCAAUCCGCCGAGUCGCCCGGUACUCGUGGCCAAGCCCAUCGACAAUGUCAAUCCUGAUCACAACGACCCCAGCCAAACAGUCAAAUAUCGGCACCGUUUGCCUGAGCAAAAGAGUCAAGAUCUCGCCAAAGCCAAAAGCAAGAUUGAGCGCCGGGACGCCACCAUCAAGCAGCUUCAAAGCCAGAUACAGGCUCUCCCAAACCCCAGUAUCAUUGACAACCUUCAAAAACAGCUUGAUGACCUUGAAGCUCGCCAUCAAGCAUCUAAAGGCCACGAAGCCAAAAGACACGAAUGGGAACAGUAUGCGAAAAAGGUCAAGCAGGAGAGAAACAGCCUCCGAAUUCAACUUGAGGAGAAGGACAAGAAGAUGGAGGAGGACGCACGAGCAACGAGCAUCGCCAAUGCGGAAGUUCAAAGCUUGAAAGACGAGAACGAAUCCCUCAAAUCUCAGCUUAGUCAAAUCCGUUCCUCCCAACCAGCUCAAUCCAUCACCUCCGAUUUUCUCAACGACUACCCCGCCCAACUCUCAUCCGCAAAAGCGGAGCUUCUUAAGACAUCUGCCAAACUGUCCGCCAAGCGUCAGACAGUCUUCGAGAGGGACGCUGAAUUGAGGAAGUUGAGAAUCAAGAUGGACGGUCAAAUGAAAAGCUUGGAGAUAGAUCUCCAAAUGGUGAGGCGGGAGAGGGAUUGGAGGGAUAAAGAGGUGGAGAGACUUGGGGAAGAUAAGAAGCGGGUUGAGGCUCAGCUGGCAGAGGAAGAAGGGCGUUGCGAACAACUAGAAGAUCUGCUGGACGCCUCUGCUCGGGCGUACGCUCUCCACCAUAUGGCGACAGUGCCCAAGACUUCUUUCGACACCCUCCAAUACGAACAUCUCCGGGCGAAACAUGAAGCUGCCGACUGGAGACUCAAGGCGGAGACUCGCGGGGUAGAGCUACGGAUGAAGAAGGAGGAGAUCAAGGAAUUGGAACAAAGACUUGAAGUGGGUGAAGAGGAGAAGAAUGUCCUUGGCGAGGCAUUCGAUACGAUGAGAGAGGAUGCAGCAGUUUUGCGAGAAGAGAUAGACCGUCUCAUCGGCGCUUCCAUCUCUGAGCAACGAAGCGACUUCUCAAUCCCCACCCUCGACCCUCUUCCCAGCGCCUCACCAGCUAUCCAACUCGCUCUAUCCCACUCCGACCUCAUCACAUCCCACUUCCUCCCCCAAAUCACUUCUCUUACCUCCGACAUCUCUUCCCUCCAAUCUAAACUAUCCACCACUACCUCAAACCUCACUUCCUCCCAAUCAUCGCUCGCAGACCUCAAACGCGAGCACGCUUCUCUCCACGCCGCCCACGCCUCCCUCGAGAGAGCACAUGAGCCUUGUGCGGGCAUCAAGCUCGAGUUGGAAAAGUCUGAGUUGGAGUGUGCGCUGAAUACAAAGAGUAUUGAAGGGCUCAGGGAAGAGGUGGCGAUGUUGAAGAUGAAGGCGAAAGAGGAUAGUGAGGGGAUGAAAAGGGCGAAUGAUUGUGUUAUGAGGGCGAAGGUUGCUGAGCAGAGCUUGGUGGAAGAGAUUGAUUACUUGCGAGAAGUAUACCUCGAGGCAUCGAAAUACGAGUCUCUCUACACUGCUUUGCAGGAGGAACAUGAGAUUCUCAUAGCACGUGAGCAAGCAGCUGUUCAAGAAGCAGAAGAUAUUACGAGGCAGAAUGCCGAGCUGGCGGGGCAUACAAAUGAAGUGCAAAAGAUCAGCUAUGUGGAAGGGUUGAGGAGAGAGAUGGUCGAAGUCAAGCAGGAAUUGGCCGGCACAAGGCAGAUGCUCAACAUCUCUUACGACAAGAUCAACGCCCUCGAAGCCGAGAUCGGUGCCUACAAGUCACUCGACUCUGGCGUGCAAGGUCUUAAUCUGGGCGCUUCUGGGCGGAUGAAGGUGCAGAGAAGACAGCCGGAGGGCGGGAGGUUGACAGUGUCGAGGUUGUCGAAGAGCGUUGCGGGCUCGAGGAGCAGUCGGAACUGA